AUGGAUGGUUGUCCACCUCCCCUCCAUCACCAAGGCAACCUUCAUCUGCGCUCAUUUCGUUUCCACCACACUCAUUUCCACCACUCUCGUUUCCACCGCACUCGUUUCCACCACUCUCGUUUCCACCGCACUCGUUUCCACCGCACUUUUUACACCACACUUGUUACACCACACUCAAAAGUCACGCCGAGAUUUAGGACGCUACUAACACUGCUACAACUGGUUCGGGAGAUGACUCGAAGCCCAUCUGAUAUUGAUUGCACAUCGCAGCCCGAAGGGCUCGAAUCGUGGGAGCAGGACUCUCAGUAUCCCCCUACGCCUGGGUUCUUUCAUAGCCCUUACGACACACGGUCCGUGUGCAGCCCCUCCCCUUCGUAUGCGGUCGAUGACGGCAACAAUGCGGCAAAUCAAUCACGACCGGAUAAUCUCAAAUUGCUUCAGUUCUUUGAGUGGGAGGAGAACCGUGAUUACGACGAAGAACCGCCAACCUGUAUCCACUAUCUCAUAGAGUGGCGAGUCAAGAUUAAUAACCGAAUUGUAUCGAAGGACACUGAUGAAGACCUCGUUUUAGCUCCAAGCGACUACUGGCAGCAAUUCUUGGAAAAGAAACUGCAUAAUGUCCUUGGAUGCAAAGUUUCCCGUGAUCGAAGGGUGAGGGCUGAGGAUACUUCCAUUGUCGUCUCCGUAAGGGAUCGUUCCCAGCGCGAUCUGACCAAGCGAUAUGACAAAACCGACAUUGACUGGACAAUUAUUGACCGGCAACUCCAGAAGUGGUCAGCUUUGUUUUGUCAAGGCAAGGAGCUGACAUUGAAGAUUUGUUUUAAUUUUGUAGAGGACCACCAUUCUCCUAUCGCCGGGCGAAAUGGUGAGAAAAGGGGUAAAACCUCCGUUUCGAGAAGAAUGCUCAGUGAGCGAGACGCACAGCUGGAUGCUGAAUAG